UGUGAUAAACAAAACAAAUUGACGCCAUGUAGACUACUCAAACGUUGAUCGUCAUAGAUUUUAUGAAUAUUUAUUAGCAGAAAACAGUCGUCGAUAUUCCAACCGAAAAUGGCGACUAUUGAAAAAUUAAUCAAAGCCUUUGAGGCUUUGAAAGUUUUCCAACCUGCAGCCAGUGGAAUCGAAGAAAUCACAACAUCAACAAAGAAGAAAGAUCAACCACCAAGUAAGAAAGAUAAAAUGGUGAAUUGUAAUAUUGUGGCUGAUUGUAUUUGUGCUGUUAACAUGAGAUCUGUUCCAGAUUUCCCAAAGUUUUUAGGAAUAGCAGUUGAAGCAUUUUUAACUUUAUGUGAUGAUGUCGAGUCUGAUAUUAGGAUGGUAGCUGAUGAAUGUCUUAACAGAACAAUAAAGACUUUGCUUGAAACAAACCUGGGUCGAUUACAAGUUGAACUUUAUAAAGAAAUAAAGAAAAAUGGAACAUCAAGAACUCUUAGAGCAGCUUUAUGGAGAUUUGCUGAAAUGUGUCAUUUAAUUAGACCAUUAAAAUGCAGACCAUAUAUAGUAAACCUGUUACCAUGUCUUACUCGGAUCUGUCAGAGAGAUGAAGAAGCCGUUCAAGAUACACUAGGAAUAGCCAUGUCUAAAAUUUGCCCUUCUUUAAUGGGUUUUGCUAAUGACACAGAAGUCAAGAGCUUGUUGAAAGCAUUUAUGCCAAAUCUACGUUCAGGGACUGCCGUCUGUCGGCGUACUACAGCUACAUCUCUUGUGCUAAUCUGUCAAUACUCCCGCAAUCCUAUGUCAUUCUUCUCCUAUCUUAUAACAGUACUAUUAGAUCAAGUUUUACCAGUGGAUGUAAAUCAUGAAGUAUAUACAUUACUGGGCGUUAUUCUAUGUUUACGUCACGCUAUACCUGUCAUGAGUUCCACAGAUGAUAAAGAUCAGGGAAUGAAAGGAAGCUUUGGAUUGGUUCAGAAAGAUAAAGAAGAAGGAGUCAGUGCAAUACAAGUUGAAAAGAUAUUUCAGCUGUUAUUAUAUUACUCGGGUCAUACUGAUCAUAAUGUUGUGACGGCAUCUUUAGAGGCACUGCAGCAACUAUUACGCCACCCCCCAGACAACAUACAAUCUUUACUACUCAAGCCUGGUAGUAUUGUCAGAACUCAUAUAUAUCAACAAGAUUUUAUAGAUGAAAGAGAAAGAAUGAGAGUCGAAAGCACUGCUGAACUCUCUGUAAUGGCUGAUGACCAAGGAUUGGAGGAAGAUGCUGAUAUUUCCAUAGCAACAGAUCAACCAAUCAAAUCUAACACGUCUGCUCUAGAUGAUGACAUUGACCAAUCAGAGGAUCUGCCUUUGGAAUCGAUGAAUUCUGACUUGGUUGACACAGAAACGGAUGUUUGUCAAGCUGUUGACUCGUCCGUUAAGUUCACAUCAGAUACAAAUUACUCAAGCCUUGAUAUCGGGGACCUGAAUGAAGAAAAAUCUGAAAAGGUUACACUCUCUCAUAGUCCAAGUCAAGAUACUUUAGUAAGUGUUAAAAGUAUCAGUCCAAAACACCAAACAAGAAGUUUGCUGGAAGUGGCACAAGAUAUGAAUGGAAAUCCAGAAUAUAUUGACACAUCAGGAGCUGUGAGUCCUUUACCACAGAAUGAAGAAAUGCCAACAAUUGAAAUAACCAAAGCAACACCAACAAAAGAGCUGCACGAUUUUGGUGAUAUUACAGACAAUGAGAUGCCAUUGAUAUAUUGUGUGAGAUUGUUGUGUCGAAGAUUUUUAUUAAGUGGAACAAAACAAGGACUGAUUUUAGAUAAAUGUGUUCGAGUUAGUUCCAAAUCUCUAGCUUUAGGUUGUAUAGCAUCGGCUGUUUUUAUGUGUCCAAAGAUAUUUUUAUUAAAAUUACUGCCAGGUGAAUUAGGUGAUCAAGAUAUCCGUGAAGUCGUUUUAUAUGCGUCACAUCCUGACCCUAUUUUAAAAGGUCAAACGUCUGUGGUUAUCAGUAGUUUUAUAAAGGGAGUUUUAAUUGAGGGUCGAGGGGAUUUUAACAAAUGGUUAAAACUGAAUUCACCAGCUGAUAUUGGUGAAGUAUGUCUGGAUAAUCUAGUAGAAACAUUAAUACAUGUGAUAGAAGAUGAAUCUUCAGUAGCAACAAGACAAGCUCUUAUAGCUCUACAGAUGUGUUUAUCGAGUCUUAUAGAAAGUUGUCAUGGUGGACUGGGUCUACAGGUCUUAUUAGAAUUGUUAGAGAUUAGAAAUAACCCAUAUUGGUUAGUUAAAGUAGAAUUAUUAGAUAUUGUUAGCAGCAUUAAUUUUAAAGUUGUAGCAUAUUUAGAAAAUAUCUGUGAAGAAAUAGAAACUGGCAAACAUCAUUAUCUAGGGAAGUUAGAAAUACAGGAAUAUUAUAUACAUAAUGUUGUGUUGCAUCUAUUAGCUGAUGAAGAUACUCGAGUACGACAUGCUGCUGCUACAGCUCUAGUCAAGCUCAUUCCAAAUUUAUUUUUCUCAGUUGACAAUGCUCAGCAUGAUCCAGUGACCGCCUGUGCUCAGGAUAUGACGGAUUGUGCAUUUAGUUGUCUUUCCCAUCAACUGGUGGAGGAUUUACCUCCGAUAGUUCAAGGCUUGGUGAAACCAUAUCAUUUCUCACCUAUAACUAUAGUGAAACAGACAGUAGAAAGUAGUUUAUCCCGUCUUAUACAAGCUUUAUUACAUCAGAUACAUAUAUCACAAUCGAAAUAUCUAACGAAUGGUUGUUGUCAUGCGCUGUGUUUAUUAUGUGAAGAGUAUAUGGUAUCAUGUUACUCAUCGUGUUGGGGAUGUGGUCCAGCUACACAUAUAUCAACUAAAGACUCAACCACACGAUCUAAUAUGAAACGACCUCCUAGUAGAUCUCUCAGUUCUUCAAGUACAUUUAGCCUAGAAGAACUAUCCUCAUCAACUGGUGGUGGACCAUUACCAAUGGUUAUAAGUGUUCUCAUGUCAUCAUCUGUAGCAUUAGAUCUCUCUGCACAUCAAGAUGUACUACAGUUAACAGGCAAUUUAAUGGCAGGUUCAGCAUUUAAAUGUUUGCGGUCUAGUGAAGAAUUAGCUAGUUUAAAUGGUACAGGAGAUGCUGGGAAGUGGGCAGCUAUAGGAGAUGUACAGCUAGGAUCAUUGAUUGAUCAGCUACUAACUCAUGUAGCCAGAUUAAUGAGUUGUUAUAGUCAUGUCUUUGAGGAACAAAGCCCCGGUCCUCCUCAAGUUAAACCCUCAUUACCAUCUUUACCGAAUGCUCCUUCUCUCAGUCCAGUUAAACGUAAAGUUAAGGGAGAUAAGGAGGCUGCAUCACCAGCGGGUAACGCAGCUCAGGCAGACAGUAAAACACCACAGAAAACACCACAGAAAGAUCAGAAAGAAGGAGAGAAGGAGAAAGGGAAGAAAGAAGGACUGGGAACAUUUUAUAAUUUACCACAAUAUAUGAAAUUAUUUGAUGUGAUAAAAGGGGCUUACUCAAAUUAUAAGACAUCCUUAGAUUUAAACAAUUCUGACAAGUUUUGUAAUUUGUUGAGAGUUACUCUACGAGUUCUGUCUCAAAUUUUGGAGAUUACAACUUUGUUUGAUAUUGGUAAAUACGCAGAAGAAUUCCUAGGAUAUUUUAAGUGUACAUUUUCUCUGGAACCAACAUACACUGUUUUAUGUGUUCAACAGUUAUUAAAAGCUUUAUUUGGUACUAAUAUUGCCAACCAAUGGGAGCCAGCAUUAAUAUCUACAUACAACCAACGAUCACGAACUUCACGAUCAACUGGUACUGGUUUUAAACCUGGUUUAUAUCAGAGUUGUUUAAAUCAACCGUAUUCAACACUGACAAAAUCACUAGAUACUACUACAGAUAAAACACAAUCAGAACAAGAUGCCACUCAGAAUCCAUUAAUAUGGUUAAAGAAAAGAGUAGAGAGGAAAGUACCAGCAAUAUUGAAACCUGGCAGUAAAGUUGAUAAAUCAGCUAUAGCUUCAUACAUUCGUUUAUUUGAACCGUUAGUGAUAAAAGCUUUAAAACAGUAUACAGUUACAAGUUCAUUAGAUCUCCAACAUCAAGUAUUGAAUCUACUGGCUCAACUUGUACAGUUACGUGUUAACUACUGUCUUCUAGAUUCUGAUCAAAUCUUUAUCGGUUUUGUUCUAAAACAGUUUGAAUAUAUAGAGGAGGGGCAAAUAAGAGAUUCUGAGAUGUUGAUUCCCCAUAUAUUCCGGUUUUUAGUGAUGUUAAGUUAUGAGAAGUUCCCAGGUAAAGUUAUAAUAGAUAUGCCAGGUGUUAUACAUAGAUGUGAUGGUAUAAUGGCUAGUGGUUUACAGCCAACUAAACAUGCUAUCCCAGCAUUACGACCAAUAGUUUAUGAUCUAUUUUUAUUACGUGGUAAUAUUAAAUCAGAGGUUGGUAAAGAACAAGAUACACAGCGAGAAGUAGUUGUCUCCAUGUUGUUACGUUUAAUCAAUUAUUACCAGGCUUUAGAGAUGUUUGUGAUUGUCCUACAACAAUGUCAUCGUGAAAGUGAAGAAAAAUGGAAAAGAUUAUCUCGUCAAGUUAUGGAUCUGGUUUUGCCAGCUCUUUCUAAACAACAGAUAAAUAUGGAUUGUGGUAAAAGCUUGGAUGUUUUACAUCAGUUAUUUGAGUGUGUAGCACCAAGUGUAUUUAGACCUGUAGAUAUUCUACUCAAGACAUUACUAGCACCACCAGGUGAUAUUAGUUGUGUAGAAGGUUUACAGAGAUGGUUAUGUUUAGUGUUAGCUAUAUUACGUGUUUUAAUGGCCCAGUCAAAAGAAGAAGUGAUGUUGUCACGAUUGUUAGAGUUAAAUCUACCACUGUGUUUAACGAGAGAAUUAAUAAAGCCUAAAGCUGAACCAGUAUCUUUAACUGAUAUUAAUCCUGAAGAAACUUGUGCUUGGUUUUUAUUACAAGCUGUUGGUGUAUGUAGUGAAAUAUUAAAUCGUGAAACAGCUAUAGUAACCAAUAGUCAGAGUGUUUGUGAUUUUCUUGUUACACAGACAUCUCAUUUAUUACUAUAUAUUACAUAUAUGUUUCAAUCAGGGUUAUAUAGAAGAGUAGCUACAGCAGCUAUGAGAUUAAUAAAUCGUGAUCGACCAAAUUGUCUGUACAGUGUGAAGGAAAUUAAUGGUUUUCUACUAGGUUUGGGUACAAGAUGGCCGACAUUAGCUCUUCACUGGAGUAAUAUACUGAUCUUGUUGAACUAUGAUAAUCAAAAACUCUGGAAUCAAAUUUUACAAACACCACAAAAAUAUCAUCUAGUCAUUCCAGGACUUCAGACUGGUAAUAUAAUGGAGCCAUCACGGAAAUUAUUACAGUGUUGUAAUUUAGAAAUAUUAAGAAGAGGAGGUCUUAUCUUAUACUGUGAUUAUGUGGUAGAGAAUUUGAGUAAUGCUGAGCAUAUUACAUGGUUAACUGUCAAUCAUGUUAGUGAUUUAAUAGAAUUAACACCUGAAUCACCUGUGCAAGAUUUUAUAAGUGCUAUACAUCGUAAUCCAGCUGCUAGUAGUAUGUUUGUACAAGCUAUCAAUACAAGAUGUGAUCACGUCACUCGGCCCUCAUUAAUAAGAAAGACAUUAAAAUCAUUAGAAGCCAUACAUUUGAGUCAGAGUGGAUCAUUAUUACAACUAUUAAUAGAUAAAUUUCUCAAUACACAUCAACUAUCUGUUGCCAGAAUGUGUGAUACGAUCGCAUGUAGACGUGUGGAAAUGUUGCUUGUCGAAACAGUUGAGGAAAGUAAACAUCAGCUGCCAUUAGAAGAUUUGGAUAAACUUCUUCAAUUCAUGAAAACACAUAAUCUAGUCAAAAGGCAUGCUCGAUUAGCUUCUCUUCUAGCAAAAUUCCGUACAAUAUUUACACCAGAGACAGAACUGAACCUUUCACCAGAGCGAACCCAUCCACUAGUACUGACACCUGGUGAGGUAUCAGAUAUAAAUGUCAAUAAGGAUUUUUAUCUAUCUAUAGUAAAAGAUCAGUGUUUUGGUGUUGAUCCUAAUGUAAGAGAAUGUGCCUUUCUACUACAGAGAUUAGACUAUGCAGAUAUACUAUCUAUCACCAUGACUAAGGAGUUUUGUUUGUCGAUAUUAGAAGAGUGUAUAGCACUAGGAGCCUACAGAUCAAUAGUUCGAUAUAACAGAGAUAAAGAAAGUUUACCAACUAACACAAAACCUGAAGCCACCAUAGAUCAACUUUUUUCUGCCGCUCAACUUACAAUGUUCCGUCAUAUAAACAAUAUCAUUAAUCAUCUACCAGUACCGCACCAACUUCUUAGCUACAGUCGAAUACAGAGUACAAAAAAUUUGCGAUAUUACGAACGUGUUGAUGACUUGUUCCAGGAUUGUGCUUGGUUUGAUAUGAACUUUCACCUUGCAUCUUCCUUAUCACAGUAUCUGAUGUGUAUUCGGAGAUUCCCAUGGGUAGCUGUCAUUCCAACAGAAUCCAUUCCUGAUAUUUGUAGAUUUUGUGUUUUAUGUAUGGAGAUGUUAAACUGGCAACUUCAUCAUAAUCAGCUACCAACAUCAGAACAGAUACAGAUGUGUUUAGAGUGUGUGGCAUUAGUUUUACAGAAUAAAGAUUUUACCGCGAUUAUUGGUCAGAGUGAAUAUAGUACAUAUGUUAGUGCAAUAACUUCUUCAGUUUAUCAACUAAUUUCUUCAUUGGUGGUAUUACCUGGUGAAAAAGUUUAUGUUUUACCACAUAAAGACAGACAUGAGGAAAGUGAAGAUGAUGAAUCGAUACACCUUAUUACAUCAUGUGAUCAAAUCUCAGAAUUACUUCAGUGUUUGAAAACUAGAUUACGACCAAAAUCAACAGAAACCCAGAAACUACCACCAUUCCUUGCUUCACCAAUCAGAAACAUUGUAACAGGGUUAGCCAGAUUGCCAUUAGUAAAUUCCUAUGCCAGAGUUCCACCUCUGGUAUGGAAAUUGGGAUGGUCGCCUUCACCAACAGGAAACCUUAAAACCCAAUUGCCUCCACUGCCAGUAGAUUUUCUACAAGAGAAAGAUGUUCUGGAAGAGUUUGUGUUUAGGAUAAAUACCCUAGGUUGGGUGAGUCGCCACCAGUUUGAAGAAACAUGGAUGAGUUUAUUGGGUGUUUUAAAUCCAGUGUCAUUGACAGAUACUAAUCAGCUCUCUCCUGAGGAGGAAAUUGAAAGAAGUCAAGGAAUGGUUAUUGCUGUGAAAGCUAUUACAUCACUAUUAUUACAAUCAACGUUAAUACCACAAGCUGGUAACCCUGGUAACAGUGUCUAUGAGAUCCGUCCUAGAGAUAAACCACUUGCAUUUUUACAUACUAGAUGUGGUAAGAAGUUGGUGAUCAUUCGUGGUUUAAUUGAGCAAGAAAUAUGUAAUCUUUGUUCCAAUAAAUCAGAUCGACAAACUCAUCACUCCAACAGUCGCUCCACAAGACGUCUAGAUUCAUAUAGUUCCGAACUCUUUGAAGAUAAUCUGGAACGUAAAGUUGGAUCAGAAAAUUUUAGUCUUGGACAGAUUUCAUUAGAGGGCAUCUGGUCAGUGGUAGGAUGUUUAGAAACAACACAUUCUGAAAGUGAUACAACAGAUUCUACAGAAAGUCCGCAACAUGACAAGAAAAAACCUCAGAUUCCUCUAAUAGCCUUAGAAAAUAAAGAUCGCUCUGUGUCUGUCAAUGGUUUGGAUAUUAAUUCCUGUUUACAGUUUUUAUCAGAAUUAUAUGGUCCUUGGUUAUCUCCAGAAACAGGUUCCAAACCACCAUUAAUGUUACUCAAUGCCGUAGUCAAAUCUAUGUUAAGCUUAUCUGAUUUAUUUAUGGAGAGAGAACAGUUUGAGAUGAUGUUAGAUACAUUUUUAGAUUUAUAUAAAGUCCAUCCUGCUGAAGAUGAGAUAUUGUUACAGUAUCUAAUAGUUGGUAUUUGUAAAGCAGCUGCAGUUAUUGGUGUGGAUUCUGCAACAGCUGAGCGAUUAAUAAAAAUAGUUGAUGCUGGAUUACGUACAACACAUCUACCUAGUAAAAUAUCAUCUCUACAUGGAAUAUUAUAUAUACUAGAAACAAGUACUUCUGAAUUAACUAAAUCGUUACUACCACUUAUUACAGAUUUCCUUAUAAAACAUCUCUCAGCAGUUACAUCGGCAUAUAUAACCAGUGAUCAGUUCUCUUUAACUAUGUGGUCUACAGCUUUUUAUGUGAUGGAGAAUUAUCAUGAGGAUAUUAAAGAUGGGGAUUUCCCAUCUAAAAUAAUGCAGUUGGUGGUGAAUACAGCAUCAUGUAGUGAAGACAGUAUAUCAACAUCAGUAUUUAUAACUUUGAUGAAAGGUCUAGAGAGAUUAUUGUUAGCUGAUGUUUUAUCGAAAUCAGAAUAUGAAACAAUAAUUAAACUUAGUUUAGAUAGGUUAUGUCUUCCUAGUCCCCAGAGGGCGUUAGCAGCUUUAGGUCUAAUGUUUACAUGUAUGUAUUCAGGAAAAAGUUUAGAUGGCUAUAGUCCUAGACCACGAGAAACGCAGCCAUCAUUUUCUGAUGAGGCUCUUGAUAUGAUUUGUCAAGAUUCUGAGUCUCUGAUUCUAGCUAUGGAAAGAGUUACGGUUCUUUUUGACAGAAUAAAGAAAGGUUAUCCUUACGAGGCUCGUGUUAUUACUCGUCUUCUACCAGCAUUUCUCUCGGAUUUUUUCCCACCACAAGAUAUAAUGAAUAAGGUUAUUGGGGAAUUCCUCUCCAGUCAGCAGCCAUAUCCUCAGUUAAUAGCCAAAGUUGUCUUUCAGGUUUUUAAUAAUCUUCACCUACAGAAUCAACAGAAAUUAGUGCGAGACUGGGUGAUGCUGUCUUUAUCAAAUUUUACCCAGAGAUCACCUAUUGCCAUGGCGAUAUGGAGUCUAACUGCUUUCUUUAUCAGUGCUUCAACAAAUCCAUGGCUUAAAGCUUUAUUUCCACAUGUUAUAGAACGCAUGGGCAAGAUGGAGGUGGUAGAUAAACGUCUCUUUUGUCUCUCAGCCAUAGAUUUUUAUCGACAAUUAACAGAAGACUCCCAAAAAAGAGCUUUUAUAUCAACAUUCCAAGCUGUGGUCCAAUCAGACACUCCGUAUCAAACGCUCUUAAGUUCACUUUCAUCAUAAUGAUAAUAAGCAUAAAUAAAAAAAACACAUUCGAUCGACGACUAAUUCCUCAGUUUCAUCCUGAUACACCCAGACAUUUCACUUAUUAUAAAAACUUAAACCAUUUUUACCUAGUGUUUACAUUUUUACUGUUCACAAUUAGAUGCCGUAAGUAUAUCGAUUCAUUUCUUUGAAUUGUAAAAUGUGGUGUCUUUUACUAUUGUAUUGUUUAUGUAGUAACUAGCUGAUCAUGCAUUUGAUUCUUGUCUUUCAUAUAUAGUGGCGCUAUCACGACAAAAUUUCCCCCAUAACACACUGUAUGGCAUAUGUCAAUCUUCAUUAGCCCAGUCGGAACAGAACAGUAGGAAGUUAAGCCUCAUUUCAUUUCAUAUAUUGGCGUUUGAAGCGUAAUAAAUAUUCUAAUUAUCGGAUAAACCUGGCUUUAAACAACAUGUCAUGUUUGAAUUAAAUUCAUGAAGUGGGCUCAUCAAAUUUUUGGAAUAUUGCUUUGUAAUGGCAGUGACAUACAUGUGCUGUAUGUUUAUAAGAAUAUUUCACACAUUUAGAUAUCGCAUCAUAGAAUCCUUAAAACAGUUUGAUAUAAUGUACUAGAAAGCUACCAAAUUCCUUUGUAGAAUUCAUUAAAAUGAUGCGAUAUCAUGUAUUAGAAAGGUCAUGCAGCUAACUAAAUCCUUUGUAGAAUUCCUUAAACCAAUACAAUUUCAUAAGGUCUGUCAUUGAGUCAGGUGGCAUGGUUUCGAUUCCCCACUUGUAGUGACAAGGAUUAGGAUUACCUGUCAAACCUCAUGGGUUUUUCCUGGAUCCUCCGGUUUCAUCCCACUGCUAAAGAUCCCUACACGCAAGCGAAUUAUUGAAAUAAAAUUGAACCAUAUGUUUGUCCCGAAAUGACCUAGUUUGUAUCAAGUGGACGUUACACUCUAUUUCUCGCUCUCUCUCUCUCUAGAAAGGUCAUACAGCUACAAAAAAAUCUUUUGAACUGUUGUAUUGCUUUCCAAGAUUAUUAAUACCAGUAUUAGAUUUAGUCUUUUUCAAAUUGAUCUCAAUGAUAAACUUAAAUUGUCAUACGACUCUAAUUUGAUUAUCAAUAAACUUAAAAAUGAAUUUAAACCACUAUUAAUGAUUGCAUGAAAUGUUUAACUUUUGUAUUUUUUUUUCUGGUUUAUUACAUUUUUUAAUAUCAUUUUAAAGCAUCCAUGCUUAAUUUCUAAACCUAAUAUCUUUAUUAUCAUUUACAUUGAUAUUCUGGAAAUAUGACAUUGUAAUGAUUUUUUUUUUUUUUUUAAUAUUGUAUCAUAAAUGUACAGGAAUUUACUAAGAUCAAUGUAUUAUAUAUAUAUAUAUAUAUAUAUAUUUAGUAUCGCCAAAAAUAUUAUAUGGCUUGUUAUUCUCUUCUACUAUCACUCAGGAUUCCUUUGGAAUUUCUGUGACCACCACCUUGGACAUCAUGCAGGGCCUUUAUUUGUAGAUAUCAUCAAUAAAGCGUUUGAUUGGUAAAAAAAAAUUGUGAAAAAAAUCAGACUGUUCACCUUGAAAGUCUUCCGCAUUGCAAAAUAGUCCAUUGGAUCUCUUGUAGUCCAUCUUUGAUAAUCAAGGCUACAAUAUGUGGAGAUCACCACUGUGAAAGCUCAAACAUGUGCAUGAUUGUAAAAUAUAUAACAUAUUAUUGCACUGAUCAGUUAUUGCAGCGAAUGCUGUAACUGUGGGCUGUUUGUGCAAUGGUGUGUCCAUGGAGAUAUUAUUUCUUUGGUGAUUGCUAUACAAGGUUUUGUAUAAUCUAAGUCCUAAACAGAAGGUUUUGUAUAAUCGAAGUCCUAAGUACAAGCUUUGUACAAUAGGUUUGUCAAUGUGAGUAUAUGGAAAGAGAUGGACCAUUACCAUCAAAAUUUACCAGUAAUAAGUUAAUGAUCUUGCCAAUUAAGUGAAGAGUAAAAGUACAGAGAAUGGAUUGAUAAUAUUAUGCUAAUUGUUACAGUAUAUUUAUUUUGUUUGUUGUUAUUGUUAUUAUUAUGUUUAUUAGUAGGGACAUGUGUAAUUAUAUUAUUAUUAUUAUUAUGACUGUAAAGCAUUAUGGUAUAUAUGUAUAUUGAUUAAUAUUUGUGGUUUAUGUACGGUAAUAAAAGCACAAUUCUUGUUUGACUGACUGACAGUGUAAUUAACCGACUGCAGAACAUAUAUACCUGUCCGUCAAAUUAAAAGAAUUUAACCUUACACAACAACAAAUAUAGUUAAAUUUAUCUACGAUUACAAAUGAUGUGGUAAUUUUAAGUCAUCUUUUCACUUUCCAUGUUGAAUUAAACUAUCAACAGCUGUGAAAAUUAUUUACUAUAUAACUAUUAAUAACCCCAUGGUUUCCAGCUAGCUUUGGGGGGUUGGAUGGCCAAAUGGUUAGCACCUGUGCGCUGUAUCAAAACGUCUGUCAUUGAGUCAACUGUAUGGUCGCCUGUCCAACCUCGUUAGUUUUCUCCGUUUCCUCCAGUUUCCUCCCACUGCUAAAGACCCCUACGUGCAAGCGAAUUAUUUAAAUAAAAUUAAACCAUAUGUUAGUCCCAAAAUGACCUGGUUUGUGUCAAGUGGACAUUAAAACCCAUUUCUCUCUGUCUCUCCCCAGCUAGCUUCAUCAAGUUGUGGUCAUGAAUGGCUGAUUCCCGUUAUGAAUGUCAAAGCAAUUUAAUAGCACUUGAAAGCUUAAUGGCCCAUAUGGGCCUAUUUUAAUGCUUUAUGUUCCAAAGAAUGUCCAUGUCAUGUUUUAUACAGUUCAGUUCUAAAACCACUGAGAAAUAUGAUUUCAAAUAAACUGUCCAGGAGAGAAUAGUGAACACUGUUGGUACUUAGUCUUAGACCCUGUGGGAUACCAGUUAGCACCACAAGGUAAAAAAUAAGAUGGUUGUACAAAAGCGGCAAUAUGAACAUUUUUCACAUUGCACGGAUUCCAUUUUUUUCAAAUAAAACACUGUGAGGAGGAGGGGGGUUCAAUAGUCCGUGGGUGCACUAGUACGCCGCUGUAAGAAAUACUAUAAAUAUGGGUAUCAAUAAACCUAACCCUAUAACCCAACCCUAACCCUAAUAAUAGAUAUUGGUGGACUACUCAACCCGCGGACUAGUGAGCAUUCUCUGUGAGGAGCAUGUAUAAUGUGAUGGAUUACCUGUGAUGACAGUUUCCCCCUGAACUGUAUAAAAUGAUCUGUAUUUUAUGCCAAGCUUGUUGUUUAUAUGUAAAUGUAAGAACAUGUAAUUGUACAUAUAGUAUUGAAUGUGAAAUAUAUUACGCAAUUAGUGUACAGUAUGACAUUUUAUUCGUUAAUACAACCUUAAUGGAUUAGUUAUUAAUUAAACUUGUAGGGAUCGUCGCACAAUUUCAACACUUGCUUCCAAAAGAAUAACACGUGGGAGAAAAUGAAAAAUUAAAUGUCAGUUAUUUUGUUUUAAACUCGGAUCUGUUUCAACAGAAGAAGGGAAUGUGAGGUGAUCGAUCGAGAUUUUUCCAUGGGUUAUCCGUUGAGACCCAAGUGCUGAAAUUUUGCGACGGUUCCUUAUGUAUGUUAUUUUUCCCCAAAUGUUUGUAAAUGAACAGGAAUGAAAUGUGACGCUUUAAACUAGAUGUAAAUUAAAUAAAUCUAGAGUAAUGGGUUACCCACUUUCUUUUUAAAUCUUAACAUUCCAUACAAACAUUUACUCUGGUUAAUACAGGUCACAAUUCUGUGGAAUACAAUUAGUGCUUAUUACUGAGCGACGUUUCCACUAGGCUGCUGUAGUCAUUAUCAAGUCUAGAAGCCUAGUCGAAGUCGCUCAGUAAUAAGCAGUAAUUGUAUUCCAUAGAAUUGUGACCUGUAUACUCACAGUUCAAUUACUAAAUUACAAUUUACUGUGGUUAAAUGUGAUAGUAUGAUGGAUUUUCUUGUUCUAUUGAAUAUGUCACUACCAGCUUUACUUACUUCUUAGUAAUAAUUCUUCUUACAAGUACUUCAGAUUUGGUACAGUUGUUAAACAUACUUUAAGGACAUUGCCGGGUUUACCCUUUGGCUUGGUAGGUGGAAGCACUGGGACCUCAAGAUCUAGGGGUACUCCGGUCGAAGUUUAUACUAUUUUGACACUGUCAUAAGCCUUUCUUACACAUAAUGUAAUCUUAAUUAACAUCCGCCAUCGUCCUCGGUUUUGUUACAUUGUGUAUUAAACCCAUUUUCAUCUUCUGUAAGUAUUACGGGAUUAGGAUGGGUCUCAUUAUAUAGUAGAAUAGCAUAUGACCUCUUGUCAACUAAAUCCAGUUCUGCUUAAAGCAAUCAUAUUCUAAUAAUAUUACCCUUUCUUAAAUGUUUUUUUUUUAUAUAUAUAAUUCAUUAAAUUUAAUUGGCAAUUGCUUUAUCUGACAUUGUAAUAUGAUAAUCAUAUGACAACUGUAAAACGGGAGGUAAGACAUUGUUAAGAAUACACAAGAUGAGUUUUACUGAGAACAAAUUAAUAUGUUAGUGGUGUAUAUAUUAUGUGAACUAUUUAUGGCAUAUCAUCAAGAUAACCCUUUUUUUUUUUAAAUCAUGUCACUUAAUUGUAAGACAGUAAAUAAAUUAUUCAUCAUUAAAAUAGCAGUGUUUUAAUGUCAUCAAAUUUGUAUUUAGCAUAUUUUUUAUUCACUAGUCUAGUCAUAUCCAGUGAAACUACAGGGGGCAUUUGUUUUACCAAAUGGCAUAAGUUCAGGGUUUAAUGUCCGCUUCCACCAAAGUUGUAUUAUCUUUUGAUGUUUACGUUAAUGAAGUGAAGAAAUUUAUAGAAUGUCAGCCAUUUCUCCUAAUUUCAUGAGUUAUUGCCCUUGAUCACUUUUGACGAUAUUGUGAGCCCUCUGGUGACAAAAAUUAUAUCAUCCGAUCUUUUGAAAUCUUGGUUUGUUGGGAACUUGCCAAAAACUAGGAUAUUUAAAACUAUAAUGUAGUUCACUCUUCUUAAACGCUCUGUGGUUAUUAUUGUGUGGUAUUGUUGGUGUGUAUAGCUUUCACUGCAGAUGUAUUUGUUCCAUCAUACUCGUACUCCUGGCCAGAUUAAAGGAGCUAAAUCGCUAAUAUUUGGGCCCUAGAAAAUGGCACAAAUGGAUAGCAACGCAUAUAAUAAUGUAAUAUGAAUGUAUAUAAACUA